AUGGGAAAGGACCGGAGUUUCUCUCGGCAUUUUCGGAUUUUCAUCCCCAAGAAGCACCGGCAGCGGUUUGACGAGGUGGUGUCACAGAGCCUGAUCAGCAAGCUCUGCCGCUCCAAGAGCGAGCAGCACAGCAACCGGCUGCGGCGCAGCCGGAGCGAGGACCAUCAGGAGCGGCUCCUUGUCUCCACCCGUGCCAGCUCCGUGCCCCGCAGCCACGAGGAGGUCAGCAAGAGCCUGCGGAAAACCACCUCGCUCAUCACCAGCAAUGUGGCCUCGGGGGCUGCCCGCAGAACUGUGCGAGUUUAUAAAGGCAACAGAAGCUUUGGCUUCACGCUACGUGGCCAUGCCCCAGUGUGGAUUGAGUCUGUUCUGCCAGGGAGCCCAGCUGAGAAGGCUGCUCUCAAAGCUGGAGACCGGAUCCUAUUCCUCAAUGGUCUGGAUAUGAGGAACUGCUCCCAUGACAAGGUGGUGUCGAUGCUGCAGGGCAGCGGGGCGAUGCCCACCUUGGUGGUAGAAGAGGGGAUCGUCAACUUCUCCAGCGACUCUGACUCUGCUGACUCCCUGAGUACCUCCUCCGCCCUCACCUCUCUGCAGUGGGUUGCAGAGAUACUCCCCUCUAGCAUCAAGAUUCAAGGAAGGACCUUCAACCAGCAGCUGGAGCACCUGCUGACUCCACCUGAGCGCUAUACCAUCUGCAAAGCACUGGAAGGCUUCUUCCAACAUCGGAAUAUUGACACUCUCAUUGUGGAUGUGUACCCGGUGCUGGACACACCAGCCAAGCAAGUCAUUUGGCAGUUUAUCUACCAGCUGCUGACGUAUGAAGAGCAGGAGCACUGCCAGCAAAAGAUUGCCAGGUUUCUUGGUUACAAGUCCUUGGCAGGUGAGAGAAAAGUCCCUGCGCUCUGGCCUGAGCCAGAAGCAGAGGAUCGCUACCGCAGCUCCGUUCGAGGGGCCUCCUUGUGCCGGGGAAGCCUUCGAACCCCCCGCCCCGAGGAAGGGGGGGCAGCAGGCCAGAGUGACACCGUGGAGGUCCCGGUUCGCCUGAUCCCCGGAGAGAGACAGGCUGGUGAUGGCACGUCCCUCCCGGAGAUGCCCAAUCCCAAAAUGAUGUCGGCUGUCUACGCAGAAUUAGAAAACCGCCUGAUCGGCAGCUUUGCUGGCAAGAUGGGUAAUGCUGCCCUGCACAAAGCAUCGCCUCCAGCCCCAGAGCUGGCACAUGCUGCAGGUGCUCGCAAAGCGGGGAUGGCGAUCUCGUGGCCAAGUGACCCUCUGGCCUCCCAGCAGUGCUACUACCGCCUGCACAGCAGCGUGGCCUCCCCAAGCAGCACAGAGUCCAACCCCUACAUCAGCCUCGACAGCAGCCCAGCCCCGUCCCCCAAGCACCGGGACUACUCGCUCAGCCCUCUGUCACGACGGAAGAAGCUCUUCACCUUCUCCAGGCCACCACGCAGCCGCGACACCGACCGAUUCCUGGAUGCCCUCAGUGAGCAGCUGGGACACCGGGUCACCAUCGUGGAUGAUUUUCUCACCCCCGAGAAUGACUACGAGGAG